GCAGAAAACAAGAUGGCGGACGUAAGAGUAUCAAAAGAAGAACCACAGAAAAAAACCCGAUUAGACUGGAGAAAAGAGAAAGAAUUAGAAGAAGCAAGAAAAGCUGGUACUGCUCCUGCUCUCCAGGAUGAAGAAGGAAGGGAUAUCAACCCUCAUAUUCCUCAGUACAUAUCGAGUACUCCAUGGUAUUAUGGAACCACAGGGCCUACCCUGAAGCAUCAGCGUCCACAAGCAGAGAAGCAGAAGACAUAUGAUGACAUUAGCCAGUGGUACAAGAGAGGUGUUAACGAUGUGCAAGCACCACUGAAAUUUAAGAAAGGAGCAUGUACUAACUGCGGUGCCAUGACGCACAAGAAAAAGGACUGUGUAGAGAGACCACGAAGAGUUGGUGCUAAAUACACAGGGGAAAACUUGAGACCGGAUGAAUUUUAUCAGAAAGAUUUAAAUCUGGAUUAUGAUGGAAAGAGAGACAGAUGGAAUGGCUAUGAUGUUGAUGAACACAAAAAAAUCGCAAAAGAAUACGAAAAAAUAGAAUUGGCCAAGCAACACUUGAAGGGGCAAAAACUAGAAGAAGAUCUUGCUCAAGGGCUGCCAUAUGAAAAGGAGGGUGACAGUGAUGAGGAUGAAGAUAAAUAUGCCGACAAAGCUGACAUGCCUGGUCAAAAGUUUGACACUAAGAGACGAACAACAGUACGAAAUCUCAGGAUUCGUGAGGAUACGGCAAAGUAUCUGUACAAUCUUGAUCCUAAUUCUGCCUACUAUGAUCCUAAAACACGAUCCAUGAGGGAGAAUCCUUUUAAGGAAAAAGAUCAAGCAAAACAAGUCACAUAUUCGGGAGACAAUUUUGUUCGUUAUAGUGGAGAUACUUCAAAAAUGGCUCAAACACAGUUGUUUGCUUGGGAGGCAUAUGAAAAAGGAGCUGACGUUCACCUUCAAGUUGAUCCAACCAAGCUGGAACUCUUACACAAAGAGUACAAAGUUAAGAAGGGAUCCUUUGAGAAAGACAAAAAGCAAACCGUUUUGGAAAAGUAUGGUGGAGAGAAACACCUCGAAGCACCUCCCAAGGAACUGCUACUAGCCCAGACAGAAAACUAUGUAGAAUAUUCAAGGACAGGCAAGAUAGUCAAAGGUCAAGAAAAGGGUGUUGCAAAAUCCAAGUAUGAAGAAGAUGUAUAUCCCAAUAACCACAAGAGUGUCUGGGGAUCCUACUGGUCUGAAGGUAACUGGGGUUUUGCAUGCUGCCAUUCACUCGUCAAGAAUUCUUACUGUACUGGAGAAGCAGGGAAGGCAUCGUAUGGCAAGCAAAUUUUAACGCCAAUGACGGAUGCAUCAAAGGCUAUCCAGAAUGCAGAAGAAAGUGGGAAAAGCUUACUAGAGAUACACCAGGAAAAUAAGAAAAAGGAGAAGAAAAAGACUAGAAAAUCAGAAGACGGUGAAGAUGAUGACGAAACUAAGAAAAAGAAACUGAGAAAGGCUUUGAUAGAGGAAGAAAAACAGCAACUAGCAGCAGAGCGCCUGCUUCUCAUGGAUGAGCGCAAGAGACCAUACAACUCAAUGCGAGCCUCAGACACCAAGGAAGUCACAGAAGAGGAACUAGAAGCUUACAGGAUUAAACGACGACAGGAAGACGAUCCCAUGAAAGACUUCCUUUAGCAAACUAAAUUAUAGUUUUUAAUAUCAACAUGUAUACUGUCCGUAAUAACAGUAAAGUCGGCCCAUACUUAAGGUACAACUGAUGGGCAGAGUUAACAUCAGACCUUCUCUCAAAAAGAAUUGAACAGUAGAUGCAAAGCUUUUAAAGAAGUGGUAAGGUAGGAUUUGGAAAUUACAGAAAAUGGGUCAGCUACGUGUACAUAGGAAUAGGCUGAUUUCAGUGAUGAGGAUAAAUCAGUGGAAGUUUUCGUUAAAUGAUGUUAAUGCCAGACCGCGAGACACGGGGGAAGGAUUUUGAAGUUGAAAGAAAAAAUCAUUCUAUGGUAUAGAUAAAAAUUGCACUGAAUUAUAUAUUAGCCUUCCUUGUUACAACAAGAUGAAAAUCGCAACAGUGCUGCAAAUAUGUUAACUUUAAUAUGUAAAUAAGCAUGACAGGAUUUAAAAAUACGCAAACAUAAGUAGUUUUAACUCGCUACUAUUUUCGUAAACAUGCAAACUCGCUAGCCACAAGUUAAUCAGUCUAUACAGUCUGUUCAAUCGUAACCUUUCUUAGUUUUUACUGGCGGAAGCGAAAAACCAAAUUUCAUCAUGCAGCGCGCAGCUACAAAGUUCACGUUUAUGAAAGUAAAAGUAGUAAAAGUUCUAAGACAUUCAUAAUUAUUUCCACGUUUGGGACCCUCACACAGGAAGUUUCACAAAGAAGGUAAGAAGGUAGUAACCUCUUCAAUCCCUCUAUGCUUCCUAUUAAGGAGAGAGAGGGUGUGUUGAACUAAAUCUAACUUGCUAGAACUUAAAUAUUUGACUGCAUCUUCAACCUUAAUAGAUUUAUAUAAGAUCCUAGCUUUCAAACUAACUAGGCCAUCUUCAGGAAUAAUAAGAACUUUUCUGACUUUUACCUAAUCUUAAUAUUAUAAACAGCUUUUUUUGUAGAUAUUGAAAUCCAAACCCUAACAAUGCUAUUUGUAUGCAAAAGACUUUGUUGUUUUAUUACAAUUACAGAAGAAUGAUAUAAUUAUAGGGCUUAAAAUAAUGCCUAUCUGUUGUCGGUCAUGAUCACAGGGCAAAUUAGUUUUAGUUAUGUCAUAACUAUUUCUGACUAAACGUCACUGGUCGAAAUAACUGACAAGAUAAAGAUUUGACUGGACAA